AUGCCGCUCAAGAAACCCGACCCGAAGAAGGAAGCAGCCAAAGCAGCUCUAGGAUCGGAGCCUGCUUUCGAUCCCAAGAGCGUGAAGAUUGAAUUCACAGCAGAGCAGAUUGAAGAGUUCAGAGAAGCCUUCGGGCUGUUUGACCGGACGCCCGCGGGGACGAUGCAGAUCAGCUACGGACAGUGCGGGGACGUCCUGCGGGCACUCGGCCACAACCCCACCAAUGCAGAGGUCCUCAAGGUGCUGGGCAAGCCCAAACCAGAAGAAAUGAACACAAAGAUGCUGGACUUUGAGACCUUCCUCCCCAUCCUGCAGCACUUCACCCGCAACAAGGAGCAGGGCACCUUCGAGGACUUUGUGGAAGGGCUGCGUGUCUUCGACAAGGAGGGCAACGGGAUGGUCAUGGGGGCUGAGCUGCGCCAUGUGCUGGUCACGCUGGGAGAGAAGAUGACGGAAAGCGAGGUGGAGCAGCUCAUGGCAGGGCAGGAAGAUGCCAAUGGCUGUAUCAACUAUGAAGCUUUUGUCAAGCACAUCAUGUCUGGCUGAAAGGAGAAACUUCAGGUGAGUUCAGCAGCAUCCCCUGCUGCUCACUCCAAAAUUGGAAAUCCUGCAAGUAACAGCCAGGGGCAGAGAAGCCAAAACCCAAACCUGCAGUGGAUUAAUGCCACAGGAAUAAUCCCAGCUCUGAAGGCACAAAAGUUACAUUGAUGAUAAGCAAUUUCAUUUGUAACUCCUACCAAUUAAAAUUUAUCAGGACAGCA